AUGACUGUACCUGCAGCCCCCGCUGUGAGGUCAAUGGCGACCUGGAUGGCAGCACUGGACUUCAUGUUUCCCCGCUCUUCUGCUGGUCUCGUGGAAGGCAGCUCUCUGGACCUUACGACAGGCACCACAUGUCCCUGGGGGAGCUGGGGCGGUAGGAGCUGCCGGCCAGCUCGCCAUCCAGUCCCCAGAGCCCGGGCUUUAGGGCGCCGGGAUGCGACCAGUUUUACCGCCAAGGAGCCGGGCCAGGCGCGCCUCCUACCCGGCCUCGCAAGGAACAGGUUAGGGAGAGACUUCCAACUUUCUCUGGCCGGCCCUGAACGCUCGCCGCGUCUGCCCAGCCGCCCACUGUCUGGCAGCCUGCAAGUCUCCGUUCAGAAGCGGCUCCGUGCUGCCCAGCGCUGCCGCCCUGGCGGCUCGGAACCCCGCGGCCAAAUGACACGACCUGGGGGCAAAGGAGGACAACAGUUCCCACCAGGUAGGCACUGCGGGAAGGAGGCCGACGACCCCGAGAUUCUCUGGCGACCUCGGCGGGCCAUCCCCGCGCUGUGCGCGGGUCCCGUGGCACGUGAGUGGCGGUUCUCGCAGCUUCCCUGGACGCCCGGGAAGGUCACACCGCCCAGGCGCCGAGGCCCGCCCCGCGCCCAGCUCUCUCCGCCCUCUCCGCCCGGGGCGCUCCCCAGCUGCAGAGAAGCGGAACCCUGUGUCUACGCGGUGUUUCCUAGAGUCUCGAUGUUUCUACCUCUUAGCACCCUUUCUUGCCACCCUUUGUCCUAUGGAAGGCCGGAGACAUCAGCGGCUGCAAUUGUGCUACUCGCUGCUCGGCAUGGAAGGGUCAGGUGCCGCAGUUCAGCGCUCUUGGCCCCGACAAAAAAUAAUAUCCAAGGAUAUUUUGGCACUAACGGCACGAUCUGUAGCAAGAAAGUUGAGUGGUGAACUGUUGAGACUUCCAAGGAGACUUCAGAGAACCAAGACAGUGUAAAGGAAAACAGGAAAAAAGACUUGUUAGACAUUAUUAAGGGCUCGAAAGUUGAAUCGAGCACAGUAAAUGUACAAACAACAAAGCCACCCAGCAGAAGUCCACUUAAAGCUACAACUGGCGGGCCUCAAAGAGCUGCAGAACAUGCUCCAAAGAAGAGAAAUGAGCCCCUGAGUCGUGAGUUGGUGGCAGCUGCAUCUGCUGCCCUCUUUUGACAAACA